CAGUGUCCCAGCACUGAUGUUAUGCCGCCUGCUGAAGCAGUUGCCUGGUGCUCUGGAUUUGAGCAGGGCCUAUACAAGGGGUGUUGUUGAAAGCCUACUUACGUGUCAAUUGGCAGGAGAUUAUUUUAGGAGGAAGAGAAUUUGCACAGUCAACAAGGCAAGGGGUGAGAGCGCUGCCUCUGUAACCACUCGGUAUGGCUCUGUGCUCCGGGAGUUCAGUUCUGCUGUAAAGCCCCGAAGAGUAACGGCCUCCCCAGCUGAAGAUGUCUAACAAUGGAGUUGAAACAGAAGACAAACCGCCUGCUCCUCCAAUGAGAAAUACCAGCACUAUGAUUGGAUCAGGAAGCAAAGACGCUGGGACUUUAAACCAUGGCUCAAAACCUUUGCCUCCCAACCCAGAAGAAAAGAAAAGGAAGGACCGAUUUUACCGAUCUAUUUUACCAGGAGAUAAAACCAAUAAAAAGAAAGAGAAAGAGCGGCCAGAGAUCUCCCUCCCUUCAGACUUUGAACACACAAUUCAUGUGGGGUUUGAUGCAGUCACAGGAGAAUUCACAGGAAUGCCGGAACAAUGGGCACGUUUACUACAGACUUCCAACAUCACCAAGUCGGAGCAGAAGAAGAACCCCCAGGCAGUGCUGGACGUGUUGGAGUUUUACAACUCCAAGAAGAUCUCAAACAGCCAGAAGUACAUGAGUUUCACAGAUAAAUCGACAGAGGAUUACAAUUCAUCAAAUACAUUGAAUGUGAAGGCUGUCUCUGAGACUCCUGCAGUGCCCUCAAUGUCUGAAGAUGAAGAUGAUGAUGAUGAUGCAGCUCCACCCCCUGUGAUAGCUCCACGACCUGAACACACAAAAUCUAUAUACACCCGCUCUGUGAUAGACCCCAUUCCUCCUCCUACCAGAGAUGUGGCGACUUCUCCUAUUUCUUCUCCCUCGGAAAACAGCACAACAGUGCCUGACAUGCUGGUCACGAACACAGAGAAACAAAAGAAAAAGCCAAAAAUGUCAGAUGAAGAGAUCUUGGAAAAAAUAAAAAGUAUUGUGAGUGUGGGAGAUCCAAAAAAGAAGUACACGUGUUUUGAGAAGAUCGGACAAGGAGCAUCAGGUACAGUUUACACAGCAAUGGAUGUAGCUACAGGACAGGAGGUUGCAAUCAAACAGAUGAAUUUGCAGCAGCAGCCCAAAAAAGAACUGAUUAUUAAUGAAAUCCUUGUGAUGAGGGAAAACAAAAACCCCAACAUUGUCAACUACUUGGACAGUUACCUUGUAGGAGAAGAGCUCUGGGUGGUCAUGGAGUACUUGGCGGGAGGCUCCCUGACAGAUGUUGUGACAGAGACCUGCAUGGACGAAGGGCAGAUCGCAGCUGUGUGCCGAGAGUGUCUCCAAGCUCUGGAAUUCCUCCAUUCAAACCAAGUUAUUCACAGAGACAUCAAGAGUGACAACAUCCUGCUGGGAAUGGAUGGCUCUGUCAAACUAACUGACUUUGGCUUCUGUGCCCAGAUCACUCCUGAGCAGAGCAAACGCAGCACCAUGGUGGGGACCCCAUACUGGAUGGCACCUGAAGUGGUGACACGGAAAGCGUAUGGGCCCAAAGUGGAUAUCUGGUCGCUGGGGAUCAUGGCCAUCGAGAUGAUCGAAGGAGAACCCCCCUACCUCAAUGAGAACCCCUUGAGAGCCCUCUAUCUUAUUGCUACUAACGGGACUCCAGAACUGCAGAAUCCAGAAAAGCUUUCACCCAUAUUCCGAGACUUCUUAAAUCGCUGUCUUGAAAUGGACGUGGAAAAGAGAGGUUCUGCAAAAGAGCUGCUACAGCACCAGUUCCUGAAAAUUGCAAAGCCUCUAUCUAGUCUCACUCCUCUGAUUGCUGCAGCUAAAGAAGCAGCCAAGAACAACCAUUGAAGUGGUAGAGUCAACACAGUCGUCGUGUCAAGACUUUCAGAUAUUUCAGAGACUGAAUUACCUGCCCCCCUCCCUUUCUGCUCCUUCUUCACAGGGGUGUUGUUAAAACUUUGAUCUGCCCUGGAGGAUGGCAGAGGUAUUGUUCACUGAACAUGGAAGGGCGCUCAACAGGGACAUUGCUGAUCUUACAUAGUGAACUGUCUUCCCAUCCUUGUGGUGGGGGUGCGAGGGGAAGAGUAUUUUGUAUGGUUGAGAAGAUCUUUCUGAGAACAUCUGAACCUGACCUACACCUAGCAAAGCCAGUUUGUUUCCGUAUUUCUUACUGUGUUUAUUUUUAAAAACGAUGUGGAGCCUUAGACCAUAUUUAUCUUAAUAAAUUAAAUAAUUUGCUGGCUGGAC